AUGGAUUCAAUUACCAUUCAUGGGGCUUCUUCCUCUUCCUCUUCUUCUUCUUCUUUCCCCCAUUCAUGGACAUACGAUGUCUUUCUAAGUUUUAGAGGCGAGGAUACACGCUACAAUUUUACAGACCAUUCGCAUAGCAGUUUGGACCGGAAGGGGAUCAACACCUUCAUGGAUAAUGACGAGCUUGAAAGAGGAACAGAUACAUCACCAGCGCUUCUCAAAGCAAUUCAAGGGUCGAUGAUUUCACUCAUCAUAUUCUCUGAAAACUAUGCAUCCUCUACGUGGUGCUUGGAUGAACUCGCCCAUAUCAUUCAAUGUAGAGAAUCAAAGCAACAAAUGGUUUUUCCAAUUUUUUACAAAGUGGAUCCCUCCCAUGUACGGCACCAGAGAGGUACUUUUGGGGAGGCAAUUGCUAACCAUGAAUGCAACUUCAAGAAUGAUAUUAAUAAGGUGCUGAGAUGGAAAGCAGCUCUAGUAGAAGCAGCAAAUUUGUCCGGGUGGCAUUUCUUACACGGGCAUGAAUCUAAAUUUAUUCAUGACAUCGUUGAAGAGAUUUCGGUACGUGUAUUAAAUGAUACUGCCUUUAAUGUGGCAGAUCACCCAGUUGGAAUCGAGUCCCGUGUACGACAUGUGGUUAAGCUUUUACGUGCUGGGGAAAAUAAUGUUUGUAUGGUAGGGAUAUGGGGAAUUGGUGGAAUAGGCAAGACAACAAUUGCUAGAGCUGUUUACAAUACAAUUGCCCAUAAAUUUGAAGGUAGCUGCUUUUUGGACAAUGUUAGAGAAGAAUCAAUGCAACAUGGAGGCCUAGUUAAACUACAAAAGAUUAUUUUGUCUAAGAUUCUAGGAGGGAAAGACUUGGAGCUGGCCCAUGUUCAUGAGGGAAUGAAUGUGAUAAAGAAAAGGUUGAGCAAGAAAAGGGUUCUCAUAAUUGUUGAUGAUGCAAACCAAGUAGACCAACUGAAGAAAUUAGUUGGAAGGUCUGAAUGGUUUGGUAACGGUAGUAGAAUAAUCAUAACAACUAGAGAUAAGCACUUGCUCACUGCUCAUCAAGUUAAUCUAAUAUACAAUGUCAAGGAAUUAGAUGAUCACGAAGCUUUUGAUCUCUUCAGUGCGAAUGCCUUUCCAGGAGAAAGACGACUUUCAGAUGAUCAUAAGAAGCUCGCUAGUACUGUAGUGCAGUAUGCUCGAGGCCUUCCCCUAGCUCUAGUAGUUUUAGGUUCACUUCUAUGUUGUGGAAGUAUUGAGGAACGGCUAGAUGCAUUAGAUGGUUGCAAAAAAAUUCCUAAUCCUGAUCUUCAAGAAGCUCUUAAAAUAAGUUAUAAUUCAUUGGAAGAUCAUGUGAAAGAAGUUUUCCUUGACAUUGCAUGUUUCUUUAAAGGUGAAGAUAAGGACCAUGUGAUACAAAUACUAGAGGGUUGCGGCCUCAACCCUAAGUAUGGUCUCAAAGUACUCAAAGAAAAGGCCCUCAUAAAUGUUAAUGAAGACAAUAGUAUUUGGAUGCAUGACUUGAUAGAAGAAAUGGGAAAAGAAAUAGUUCGCCAAGAGUCACCACUUAAACCUGGUAAACGUAGCAGAUUGUGGUCUCCCGAGGAUGUUUAUCAGGUCUUAACAGAAGGCAGAGGGACAAAUAAAAUUAAGGGCAUCAUGAUAAAGUUGCCUCGACGAGAUGGCAUACGAUUGAGUUCUUCAAGCUUCUCAAAGAUGAUAAAUCUUAAACUCUUUAUAAACAGUAAUGCACACCUUUCUGGAGAGAUUGGUUUUCUGCCCAAUGAAUUAAGGUUUAUUGAUUGGCCUGAAUUUUCGUUUGAAUACUUACCAUUUGAUUCUUAUCCGAAGAAGCUUCUUAAGCUGAAUAUGCCUCGCAGCUACAUGUCAGGACUUGGGGAAGGAUUCAAGAGUUUGGCAAACCUGAAAUCUAUCAAUUUGGAAAGCUGCCAGUUCCUAACAAAAUUCCCUGAUGCCUCUGGAUUCCCCUACUUAAAGGAGUUGAAUCUAAACUACUGCAUAAGUUUAGUUAAGGUUCAUCAUUCUGUUGGAUUCCUUGACAAGCUUGUUGCCUUGAGUCUUGAGGGAUGCGACAGCCUUACUUCGUUUCCAACCCGAAUCGCCUUGAAAUCUGUCAAAAAUAUAAAUCUUAGAGGUUGCAGGAUGCUCAAUUAUUUCCCUGAGACUGUGGAAAAGAUGGAGUGCAUAACAUUCUUGGAUCUAUCCCACUCUGUCAUCACAGAGUUACCUUCAUCAAUUGGAUAUCUCGUUAGCCUCGAAGUGUUAACUUUAGCGGAGUGUCAAAACCUUACAAAUCUGUCAUGCAGCAUUUACGAGUUGCAACAUCUAAAGAGUGUUAGUCUCUUUAGAUGCCAAAAUCUUGCUAAGUUUCGAAAAUGGAGUGCGAAUUCACUUCCUACUAACUCAAAUAUAUCACCUGAAUUGCGCUAUCUUAACCUGAGUGGUUGCAAGAGCCUUCAAGAAAUUCCUGAACUUCCACCAAAAGUGGAACGGGUAAAUGCUUCUGGUUGUGUUUCACUGGAACGAUUUGCAAAACUGUCAAGCAUCUUGGAGCAUAAAGAGGAACAAAUGAUCGAAUAUGUCAUAUUGUUUGAUUGUCAGAAACUAUGUGACAAUCUGGCUCAUGAAGCGUCAAAGAUAGAAUAUAAUUCAUUGAAUAAGGUCAGCCUCUGCUCUGUUUUUCUCUCCUCUAAGCAAUCUCAAUUCCUGGUUGUAUUUCCCGGAAGCGAAGUUCCAAAGUGGUUCAGCCAUCGUGAAGAUUUGUAUGAGCUAAGUGAUAAAUAUGAGUUUUCUUUUAAAAUCCCUCAGAAUUUCAAACUGGAGAACAGCGGAUUGGCUAUCUGUGCUGCUGUUGAAAUUAACAAGGAAUUGAAAGAUACUAUACAAAGUAAGUUUGGUGUUGAAACUAGCCAAAAAGAGAAAGACAAUUCACAAAGUAAUUUUGGUCGUUGCUCGUUUACAGCUAGAAUUGACAUGAAUACAGAAAGUGUUGCGGCACAUUCGAUUUUCUUUGAACAAACAUAUUUGGAAUCAGCUCAUGUGUGGCUGCUUUAUGUUCCAUUUGUUAAGUUUGUGCAAUGUCCAUUGCCUCCUUUUUUGUGCCGAGUUAGUUUGGAACAUACUACCCAGGAUUUGGUGUGCUGUAAAAGCUAUGGGGUCCACCUAGUAAUGCCACAAGAUGAAGACUUGGAAGAUGAUGAAGAUGAUGAAGAAGAUUUGAAAUCGGCAGAGUGUAUUAAUAGUAGAGGUUGCAGAAUGCUUGAGCAUUUUCCCGAACUUUUCAUCUAUGAGCUCAAAGAUCUACUUUCUGUCAAUCUGUCUGGAUGCCGAAAUCUUUCUACUUUUCCAAAAUGGACUGGAGGGUCCCUUCCAAAUAACUCGAGUAUUUCAAACUUGUGGCAUGUUCGUGUGAGGGGUUGCAAGGGCCUUCAAGAAAUUCCGGAACUUCCACCAAAAGUGAAAUAUGUGGAUGCGGCUGACUGCAUAUCAUUGGAACGAUUUGCAAAAUUGUCAAGCAUCUUAGAGAAUAAAGAUUCACAAAUGAUCAAAUCUGUAUCAUUGCUUAAUUGUAAGAAACUGUGUGACACUCUGGCUCAAAACGUCACGAAGAUUGAAAACAUUCUACUGAAUGAGGGGAGUCUAUGCUCUGUCUUUCUCACUUCUAAGCAAUCUCAAUUCGACAUUGUAUUUCCCGGAAAUGAAGUUCCAAAGUGGUUCAGCCAUCGUGAGGAUUUGUAUGAGCUGAUUGAUAGAUCAGAAAACCCCAACUUUUCUGGAACUCCGAACUUGGAGGACUUGAAUGGUACAAGUUUGGUUGAGGACAUAUCACUGGAAAGAUUUUCAAGGUACGGGAGUUCAAAUACGAAUUACAUGACUACUUCAAGUCUUUUGAAUCAGCAUGAGAAGGAUGGUAAACAAUUUCCAGAUGUUUACACUUUUGGUGAGGUCUAUACGAAUAAGUUGGGAGAAUGGAAAAGUAAAGUGGCCAAGGCCCAAUGUAAUGAAAUGAUUGCCAAGAAGACUGCCUACGUGGAGGCGUUGGCUUCCCAGUAUCCUAAGGGCACUCCAGUUGAGGAUUACCCAUUCCUAAGGAGGCAUGUCGUGAUAAUGGACACGCUAGGUGUUAGGCAUGGACGAGAGAUGCGAGGAUUGAGAUUUGGUAGGUUUCAUGAGGGUGGAUCAGGUUCUUCUCAUAGAUAUGCUGCAUUGAUAGGGUGCAGGAGGCACAGUUGA